AUACUGCCCCGUUCUCCUCUCCUCUUCCCCCAAAUCUGCGUGCGCCGCGGCAACCCUAGCCCCCGCGAUCCGCUCGCCGGAGGGGAGGGAGCCCCGCCGGCGUCCAUGGAGGUGAAGCUGUGGAACGACAAGCGCGAGCGGGAGCUCCUGGAGAGCUACGCGGACCUGUACGCGAUCAUCAAGGUCACGGAGAAGCUGGAACGGGCCUACGUCCGCGACCUCGUCUCAGCCGCCGACUACGAGGCGGAGUGCCUCAAGCUCAUCUCCCAGUUCAACUCCCUCUCCUCCUCGCUCGCCGGCACCGUCGCCGUCCCGCGCUUCGUCCAGGCGUACCGUCUCGAUUGCCCCGCCGCGCUCAACCGCCUCCUCCAGUCGGGCGUCCCGGCCACCGUCGAGCUCCGCGCCGCGUCCGCCUCAUCCGCGCCCGCCGCCACCUCCGCCUCCGCCGCAGCCAUCGCGCACUGCGUGCAGACCUUCAUCACCGCCAUGGACGCGGUCAAGCUCAACAUGCUUGCCAACGACCAGGUCCGCCCCCUGCUGCAGGACGUCGCUACAUCCAUGGCCAGGCUCGGCUCCCUACUGCCGCCCGACUUUGAGGGGAAGGUCAAGGUUAACGAGUGGCUUGGCAAGCUGCAUAAGAUGGGGGCCGCGGAUGAGCUCACCGAGCAGCAGGCCAGGCAGCUCAACUUCGACCUCGAUUCGGCCUACAGUGCCUUCUUGGCUGCGCUGCCCGCUGCUGGUCUGUAACGGGGUAAGGAUCUACCAGCUUGAUUUUUAUUUGGUUGGUUCGGUCUAUUAUGCUUUUGACACUGGAGCACUACUCUCCACUACUAUAGUACUAUAGAUAUCUGUAAUUUCGGUACUGCUAUUUGUUGUCAAUAAGAAAGUUUUGUUUUCCUUUGUAUACAGUAAAUAUGUUUAUUGCAUGGCAUACAUUCACAUUACAAUGCUUGCAAAUGACCUGUUUAUUUGGAUACAUUUAUUCUAUUCUCUGUGGAACAUAUGGACUUAUGAAGUGAUAACUGUAUAAUAUAUUGUUCUCUCC